ACCUCUUGGCAGAGUCUACUGUAGAGAAGCCACCAACUCAUGAGCUGCCAGCGUGUGGAGACUUACAGAAACCUGGACAGCUAGAUCCCUUCCCACCAGAGCACCCAUCAGUCCUAGUAAAGACGGACAAGUAUGGGCAAGACAAUGGGAACUUUCCUGUAAGAGCCAAGAAGACCACCUUGGUCAGCAUUUUACCUGUCUAUGUCAAGGUAGGAUAAAGAGGGAUGCCCUCCAUCUGGGUUAGAGAAAGAGCUGAAGCCAUGUGACCGCCAGGACUGAAGGUUGUGCAUCUUACACUACAGGGCUUCAGAAGCAGGGUGAAGAACUAUGGAAGCCGACACCAAGCUGGUCACUGGCAUUGUCUGUAGCAGCUUCGUUACCUUUCAGAUUCUCUUCCACUUUGUAAGUCACUGGUUUUCAGCAAAAGUCUGUCCAGGUUAUAACAGCCUUAGCAUCGAGAAGAAGAUUGAAUGGAACUCAAGGGUAGUAUCCACGUGCCACUCUUUGCUGGUUGGGAGUUUUGGUUUGUACCUCUUCUUAUUUGACGAACCUACUAUAGCAGAUCCAAUCUGGGGCGAUCCAGCGCGUGUGAAAUUGAAUAUUGCAACUGCUUCAGGCUACCUCAUUUCUGAUUUAUUGAUUAUACUUUUGAAUUGGAAAGUGAUCGGUGACAAGUUUUUUGUAAUUCACCAUUGUGCGGCUCUAACUGCAUACUACCUUAUGUUGAGAGAUGGAGUGCUUGCAUACAUUGCCAAUUUCCGCCUGCUUGCCGAGCUUUCCAGCCCCUUUGUGAACCAGAGGUGGUUCUUUGAAACCCUGAAGUACCCCAAGUUUUCCAAAGCCAAUGUCAUCAAUGGAAUCCUCAUGACAGUGGUCUUUUUCAUAGUGCGGAUCAUUGCAAUACCUCCUCUGUAUUUCUUCAUAUACUCCGUGUACGGAACAGAAGCCUUUAACAGGCUUGGAUUUACGAUCCAGUUUGCCUGGGUGUCUACCUGUUUUGUUUUAGAUGUGAUGAAUGUCAUGUGGAUGAUCAAAAUUACAAAAGGGUGCAUCAAGGUCAUCUCUCUCAUCAGACAAGAGAAAGCCAAGAAUAGCCUUCAGAACGGAAAACUCGAUUAAACGCGUGCUUCAUCAAACACCUCUGUUUCCUUAAGCCAUCUUCAUUCCUCCCCACGUCGCAUCUACCAGUAGAUGAGUUCCUGGCAUGCUCUAUUAGUCAUGAUUGUUAUCCAGAGUUUCAGUGUUUCCUUCUUUUUCAUCUUUAGAAAAGAGAAAAUAAAAUUUAGUUUUCACUCCCAAGAUUUCUUCUUUCCUUCUGCAUUUUAAGCAUGGAUAGACAUCGAAGGUUUAAAUAGAAGUUGUAAGUAGAGCGGUGAAACUUUUUUGAACUCUCAGUGUACAUGGGGGAAUGUUCUUUGCAUAAAAAAUGACUGGUAAUUGGGUGACCUUGAUAUGCCACCCAUUUUGCUGAAGGAAUGAGAAUGACUUUUAAGUCUGUAAGCAGCUCAAUAUGUUGUGCUGUGUUCUUUUCUAAUGCCAGUGCCUGUGUGGGGUUUAAUUUCUAAGUUGCUAACAUGUCCUUUUCCCCAGGCCAUCAGAAAUGACACAAUUUCAUUUGGGUGUGCAGUCAUUUAUUAUGAUGGAGUAUUUCACUCACUUCAAUACCGUGUUUGAAAAUACUUCCUGCCUUUUAAGAUUUCAGAUGCCACUUUAUUUCUAUCUUUAAUGCUUUAUCCAACUAUAUAUAUAUAUUUUAAUUAUAUUGUCAGGCAAGGCUAAGACUCAUUGUGUGGACCUUAGGGAUGGAUGUCUUCUAAAAGUGCAUGCUAAUAGAUGACUACUUAAGCUAGUAGAAGGACUCACUAGGAUCUGCUGCCUUCCCCUCUGUUUCCUCGUACUUUUUCCAUGAAAAAUAUACUUCUCCCUGCAAACUCUUCCCUGAGUUCAAAGCCUGGCACCAGAAUACCAGUCUCUUCCGGAGUGCAUUUGUCAUACUCCUGACAUCGGCCAUGUAUUGGUCAGAUGGAAACUACAGAUACAUCAGUGUUUGUGUCUUAUUCAUAUACUUUACUCAGGUUUUCUUAUUUCAUCUUUGCUGUUUUAUUUUUCUUGAGCAGGAAGGAAGGAAGGAAGGUGAUUUAACCCAAGUAUUCUGCUUAUCAAAUUUAUUCUAUGUGAAGAAAGUAAUUGUGUGUGUGUGUGUGUGUUUACUUUCACUUUGGUUCUUGCAAAUCCAAAUAGAGAAUUAUAUAUUUAGCUAUUAUUGCCUUUAUUUAUUUUUUCUGAAGUACUUGACUUUUAACGAUUGUCCUUAAGAAAAAAGAGACUUAAUUCAGUUAGUGGUAAAUACUUGAAUUUAACUGAACCUAAACCAAAAGAUUUAAUCCAUCUAGAGUCUCAGAUUGAAGGGGUAAGUUUGACUCUUUCAUUAUUCAUCUUAUGAUGAGGGAAGGAGGCUAGUGGAAUGUAAUCAAAGUAUUUAAUGUAAUGCAGUUUAAUUUAAUUGUCUAAAACAGAUAGAGUCUGGCACGGUCUAGUAUGCUUAAAGAUGGGAAUUGAAAUUUCAGUCAAUAAAAUGAUAAAAUCAGGUAUAUUCACUUUUGAAAGAUAAAGUAAUGUAAAAGAUAGGACUUCUUUAAAGCAGCUAAUGUUACAUUGGCAAUGACUCACUAAGUUUAUUGCUGUCUGCAUCACAGGCACUCAAGAGUGCUCGUAGUCUGAGGGUAAAGGAGUAGGAACACAAGUGAUUAUGUGUUGUUCCCAACACUUUUACAAGAAAAGUGGGCUUUUUUUUUUUUAAGGAAAGAAGAUUUUUGUAUUAUAAAACUAUUUUGGAAAUUCACUAAAGAAGGAAUAAAUCUUGAGAUAAAUUCUGGCCUAUGGAUAUUGCUGCAGUUCUGAACAGACUUCAAGCUCACCAUCAAAAGUAUGACAGCACAGAAUUAUGAAUUUCCAUGUAGGCAAUAAUUAUUUCCUGCUUAAAAGACCAUUGCCAUUACUUUUCAUUGAUUGGUAUCGCCAGUCAUCAAGUAAGUAUAUUUACAUAGCAAACGUUAAACUAAGAUUUGUCAUUCCCUUGUUAGCAGUCCUUGCUAGCUGCAGCACCCACAAGCCAACUUUCCACAUUCUUUCAUAGAAGAAAUGCAACGGCAAUGCUCUGUAAACUGCCACGGCAAGCCCGUCCUUCAGUGGGGCUGGGUUUGCUGUUCUGUAAUUAUACUUAUCAACCUAAAAUACAAAUAAAGACAAUAUUUACUAAAACAAUGAAAUUUUCAUUUAUUGAAUGACAAAUUUUUGCUAGGUAUUUUAGAUAAUAAGUAUUUUGGCUACGUGGAUUAAUUUAAAUGAGUCUAUUAGGCAUUCUGAUAUUUAACAACUCUUAAAAAUCUUUAUAGAAAAUAAAAGCAAAUUGGUAUAAAUUUUUAAGCAAUUCUAUUUUUCUAGAAAAGAUUAGUGACAAUCUGAAUGUGUAGUACUCUAGAAAACAAAAGUUUUCAUGGAACUUUAAAAAGAGCAAAAAUAACUAAUAGCAUGCAAGAUCGUGGAUCCUGCAUUAAAUAUUUUGUGUGAGACUAAAAUUUUUGAGCUUGGGUUUAUAGAAUUUGCACUCUUGUGUCUAAAAAUUAUGUAGAGGGUCAUUUGCAUUUCUUUGAAAUUAAAAUGGAGUUAUGUUUGCAUGCACAGAAAUUAACUCAAAGUUAAAUUACUUUAUGGUAUGUUGACUUUUUAAAUUUUAACUGCUUUUUGUUAUUUCAUGGGCCAGUUAUGUGUUAAGAGGUAUAAUGAUAGGUUGUUACCAUCUCUAAGAGUUAGUUUGCUGUUUUAUAGAUAAACUGGGUCCUUAAGGGUCUGGUUGGAAAAUUGCCUAGUUUAUAGGUAUUUGAAUGAAAUUCUUUCAUGAAUUUUAGUAAUUUGUUUAACUCAGUUUUUGUUCAAGUGUCAGAUUUUUUAAUUGCUUUCUCUGAGACCUUGGGCAUUUGGAGACAAGUUUUUCUUGAGGAUUCAUUGACUGCUGGUGGCACUUCUUAGGCAUUUGGAAAUGCCUGUCGUGGAGGCACAGAGGGAAAAGUGUCACCAUAAUGCACAUGUUUCUUUCCUUUCAUUUUAAAGAAAAAUCACGCCCCACAAGACUCUAUUAUCAUAUCUGGAUAAGUUUGUUCCUACACAGCUGUUAGCUCCUAGCAUGUAAAUAAGCAUCCUAUAGAUUGGUUUGUUUUCGAGGCCUGCCUUUUAAGUACUUCAGUGGCUUUUGUGCAGUUGAAAAGCUCACAUAGUUAUGGGCAUCAGUAAUGUUUCAUAGAAGUGUAUGCAUUUUGGUGUUUUGGAUUUCAUCAAAAGCAAACGUUUUAUUUUGUCAGAAUGUGUAGCGCUUUUGAGCAGAUGUGAGCCAACACACCAGUGAGAGUCUUCCUGUGUGACUCUGAAUGCACACACACACACACCUCCUGGCCUUAACUAUGGCUGACUCAUACUAAAGCUACUGAAAGCCAACCCUGACGCAGAACUCUCCGGAUGUGUGCAGACAUGAGAAAAACCCACAGGACCUGGUGUGAGAGGAGACGGCAAGACCAUUUUUUCCUUUCAAAGAUGGUAUUCCUCUGUUGAGUUUCCUGCCUGAGCUCACCUGGCUUGCCCAUCUCUUCUCUCUGAUGCCUCGCAGACUUCAGUAUCCCACUUCCAUAUGCUAGGACCUUUCUAUGCCAUCUUCUGAGACAUCCCCAGUCACCUGUGUGCUUCUCGGUCUCAUAGUUUACAAAUAGGUUCUUUCAUGGAAUCAAGCAUCAUUGGAUGUUUAAAUAAAGAUCUGACAAACUACAACUUAUUAUUAGGCUACAGGAAGCCAGUCAGCAUGUAAUAAUACCUCUUUACAACAUGAAACAAAGGUAAUUAUGGUUUUAUUAAACACCUGUAAGCUCUUUUCUAAACUGGUUUAGCAAUAAGUUUUAUGAAGUGUUUCAGCUGGGGAUUUAUUGUAGGUGUGUUAAUGAUAUAAAUGUUCAUUAUAGACCCCAUGGCAGUAUUGAGGUGUAAAAUGGAGUUAUUUGAUGAGGGCAGGUUCUGGCUUGUGGCAAGUUGUUUUAGAGUCUUGCUUUACAAUAGAAAAAGACUUCUGUGGUACUGUUUUUUAUUUUUAAAGACAAACUACUAGCUGCUGAGUUAGUGUUUCCUGGAGUUCAGCAUCCUGGGACCUUUGUGGCCCAGAUGUCAGCUUCUACCUACUUGAUAGUGUGUCAUACUUGGUUAGUUUUUGAUAGCAGUAGGCAGCUUCUAAAGAUGGUUUUAUUUGCAUCACAAACGUUUACAUUUAUCCACUCUGAACAUCAGUUUUGAUAUCAGGCCCUACACAACAAGACCAAAUACAAGGAAAAUGAUUUCUAAAUCUCUAAUUUAUAAGCUCUAUACCUCUGGCUGAAAACUUAUUAGAUACCAUCUCAAUUUUUUUCUUUACCUUUUUAUGUAAUUCUGUAAUUAAUGUGUGUUAUAACCAUUUGCUAUUUUUUUGGCUAAUUGAACUUUAAAAUGUAGCUGUGAACAGAACAUGCUCUGUAUUUUCGUUUCCUGCCUGAUUGCCUUCUGUGGGGUUGUCUCCUUUGUACUCAAGGAUCUUUUGUGUAGGUGGUAUUCCUAAAAGUAGGAGAAGUUAUGACAUUUUCCAGUUCUUGAAUUUGUAAAAGCAUUUCAACAUACAUCUUAUUUGCAAAUGCCACUUUAAAACUGGGGUACAUGCAUUAACUAUAGUGAUAUAUACACUUUUUCUCUGAGACUAUAAUAUAUAAUGUUGUCAUAAAGAUUUUGGAAGUUUCUCAAAAUAUGCUUAAUAACUUAUUUACGUAAGACUGAAGAGUUUUAUUUAUAAAACAUAAGGCCAGAUAAUUUAUAGAUCAGUAUUUAUAAGAUGUAUCGGUAAUUAAGAUACAAUUGAGUCUCUUUAAUUUUGGUUUCUGGUUGUACUUUGUUUGAAGGGAUUAGAAAGUAUCUUUUCAGAACUUUCAUUAAACUUUUGAAAUGUUUGUAUUCUUCGUAUGUGUGCCAUUCUACAGUUGAUGCACGUUCUAAGCAAUAACCUGCAUGUUCUACCUGGUCAGCACCUGUUGUCACGGCAGUUUCCUUUAAUAUUAAGAAUGAUACAAAUCAAUGUUGUAGAACCCUCCCCUCUCCCAACGAAUGCCUUGGGGUUUUCUUGUGUUAAAACACUACCAUAAUGUGGUGCAAAACUUUGUAUUUUGUGAGAGAAAAAUAAAGCUACAAUUAUUUAGUGCAAAA